AUGGAUUCACCUCCGCUGAAUCCCUGUCUUGGGAUUGGCCUUCCAUCUUGUCUGCGAGACUUGCCUGUCCCGCCCCCCGUGAGUUUGGCCGAUUCCAAAGAUCAACAGGUUUUCGACGCCAUCCGUGCUCUCGGAAUCCGCUCCCAGGUACCCCAAGAAGAGGUCGAGAAGGCGUGUUGCCUCGCUGCUGGCCCUGCGGACUUAGUAAUUCUUCUAGAACGACCUGGGCCUAACCACGAUUAUACCGAUGACUUUGAGGAUUUCGUUCGACGCUGUUCCACCUUGCAAGCCAUUGAUGAGCUCAUCAGGUUUUCUAGCAAGGGAGCGCGGAGUAUUCAUACUACUUCUGUCCUUGAUGCAUUUUUGCUCAAGCCCUCACAUACGCAGGCUCUUCCAGCUGACACUGACUGCUUUAACACCGUUGAGCAGAUCUUGACAAUCAAACAACCACGCGUGCUCGUAUGCUGUUGGAAAGGUGAAUGCCAGAAUGAAAAUCUUUCCCAAUUCCGAUCCAGGGGAGUUGGUUCGCUCCCCAUGCGUUCCAGGGCGCGGCUGAAUGGGAAAGAGAUCAUUAAUUACCAUUCGUUCCACCCCGCAACUGCGGUGUGGUAUAACCAGUGUCAGCCUGUCUUGCGUGCUCUCCUCGCUUAUCACUUUGCUGCCGCCUUUUUGGAGCUGCGACACCCUCAAGAACCGCCGGAGUGGGCCAUUGAAAUAUCAAAAAUGGCCGCAAAUACCUCCACGAGGAAUGAGCACCUAUCGGUCAAGGCCGCCGUGAACUCCUUUCGCUCCUCGCUGCUGAUAAUUCUUGGCCUUGAAAAAAUCCGUUCUGUCCGCUUUCGAACUCAGCCGACGGUUUCUCGUGUCUGGAGGGACGAUAUAUUUACUCUUGUCAAUUAUCUGCCGACCACAUCCUACCAGCACGGGGCACUUCAGGUCGCAAAAGCCACAUUGCUGUGGCGGAAGUAUUUCUCUAAGAACCCCGAAUUCCAGAAAGUGCUUUCACAGCUCCUUGAUCUCGGGAAUCGACAGAGCGCCUUCUACCAUACCUCGUCCAUUCUUAGUACAACGGGGCUUGAGGAGUCUUUACUACUUCUAAAAUUUGAUGAGCCAGCAAGAUCGCCAGUCUGUCCGAGUGACCAGGCGGAGGAAAUUCUACAGACUAUACGCCUUCAGUUUGAUGAUGGAGACCUGAGAGACAUCCGUCGACAAGCCACUGACCUGUCUGCACACCUUCAAAACAACCUGGAAUUGCCUGAGCUCAUAGCCCACCCACUCUGGCCUGCUCUAUGGGAUAAACUUCGGGACUUCCUACAGAAGUAUAUCACCCAUCUCGAGAAGACUGUGGGUCUAAUAAACGCAAUGCCUGCCUAUUUAGGCGGGGCCCGCGGACAAUACAAUGGUGAGGAGCAGCCACCUUGUUCGAUCAUGGCUCUACCCUACAGCAGCUUUAUCCUUGAUCAAGUUAUAGCUCUGUUAGAGGCCCGUAUUAGUCAGGAACGCUUGUGCUCGGUUCUCGCAUGUGAUGUCAUCGGCCGGAGCGAGUUGGUUGGAUUGUUCGACAGAUGCCGAGGUGCAGGGUCGGAUGAUAUAUUGGAGCUUGUUCGUGAAGCUCCGUCCGUGUUACGACAGCGGCUGAGACUCCUUGAGAAGGGGAUUUAUAUCCUAUAUGCCAUGGUUGAAGAGCGUGGGGGGGGCUGA